GAAAACGACGGCGCGGCUCGAGGUCGAAUUUGGAUUUUGAUUUUAGGAGCGAUGGACGCGAUGGGGACGCGGGUGAACCGAUGUUUCGGGUGUUCGGGAGGGAUAUCGGGAAACCGCCGCGGGGCGGCGGCGGAUUGUUCAACUCGUUCGGCUCGCAGAGAGAGGGAUCGGGGAGCGAAGGGAUGAACGAUCUAUCGUCGUCGUGGGGAUCGAGGAAUGAACGCGAAUUCGGGUCGUCGCUGUCGCGGAUGAACUCGUUGGCGGAGACGAAGGUGUUGACGUCGACGCUGUUGGUGCGCCAGACGAGUGUUUCGAGCGACGCGGUGUUUGAAUUUGACGAGCAUUUUCAGUACGAGCAGCAAAUUGGCAGCUCGCAAAACUCUGAGGUAUGGUUGGUCACGAGUAAGACGAGCGGGCGCGCGUUCGUGGUGAAGAAGUGCUUGCACGCCUUCACGACUGACGCGCAACGGGCCAAGUUGCGGCGAGAAGUCGAGGCGGCGGCGUUGCUCCCAGAACAUCCAAACAUAGUGAGGUACUUCAGAAGUUGGCAAAAAGAGCAACUCUUUUACAUACAAAUGGAGCACUGCGCGUGUGGGUCGCUUUCGAGCGUGCUUGCGCGCUUGCCCCAGGGAAAUUUGAUCGCCGAGUUGGACGUCUGGCGUCUCGCCGCGCAAGUCGCGAGCGGCUUGGCGUUCAUGCAUGCGCACAAGAUUAUCCAUCUAGACAUCAAGCCGGACAACAUUUACAUCGAUGUUCAUGGUACGUGUAAGAUUGGCGACCUCGGUUUGGCGUACGUGCAAGACGCGGGAUGGGAUUGGGAAGAAGGCGAUGGAGGUUACGUCGCGCCAGAAUUGCUCAAUAUGCUUGGAAGCGACGCGCCGGCGCCAAGCGCCGACGUCUUCUCUUUAGGUGUCACGUUGUACGAAGCCGCCAGCGGAUUGCGAUUCCCGAGAGGUGCGACGCCGCGCGCGUCCCUCCCGCCGCUCCCGGAAGGGAGAUCGGCCGAGCUUGCUCGCCUUGUCGACGGUUGUCUGGCGACGGAUCCAGACCAGCGCGCGACGGCGCAAGACGUCGCGACGUUUGCGCAAGAAACAGUCGCGCUGCUUGAACAAAACGCGGCUCGAUGACUUGUACGAUAUCAU